CCAUAAUAUUUUUCUGCAUCUGUUUGCUUUGACUGAGUAGGUGUUUUGUUAUUAUUGUGUAUAUGAGAUGUACUUGUAUUGUUCAUAAUAUAUAUUUUUUAUUAUGUGUAGAAAGAUUUUAAAAACCUAACUAACGUGCAGCAAUUUCCAGUGAACCUGUACUUGGAUAUCAGGUAGUGAGUGAGUCUAUUUGUGGUCACUAGCACUGUCUCCUAAACUUGUAAGAGGUCUGAAGCUAUCCUUUGAUUUUUGCCAGUGCUAUUAACUUAUGUAGACCUGUUUAAAAGCGAAGCAACACCAUUAUAGUUAUCCUACUGAGCCAUGGAUUCUGAGUUUCAUUUCAAAAGUGAAAGCCAAGUUGGUGUAUGUAAAGGAUUUCCAUGUAGCUGUGGUGCUAGUUAUUACUGGCUACAUUAUAUGCUAAGUGUAUUUGUGUUCCCAAGUGUACAAGCCUUCUGUCAAAAGUAUGUUCUAUUAUCACUCAUAUUCAAAGUGUAGGGUAUGAAAACGCAGGCUUAGGAGAGCACUUUACCAAGCUGGUGUCCUCCACUGAAAUUGUUUGUAACGAUAGUCUUUUACAGGUUUUCAUUUAAAGAUGUUUGUGUGCUUUUAAUUGACAACUAACUUCUUGCUGCUGUAUAGUAAAAUAUUAAUAUAUUUUUUAUCAUUAAACUGCUGCAUGACUAUCAUCUUUGAGUGAAGAGAAAAUGUUAUAAAAAAAAAAGAUGCCUUAAAUACAGUACAUUUUGGUUUGGAAUUCUGUAGAAAGUAUUUUGGUAAAAAAAGAAAAAAGAAAAAAAGAGGAUCUUGGAUCUUGUCUGAUAGAGAGAGUUCUGGACAUGCAAUUGUUUCUUGGCAAAUCCAGCCAUCUAGAUCUACCUGCUGUAUGUAGAAGAAGCCACCUGUAGGACUGGGAAGGUGUCAGCACCUCUCCCAUUGGAAAGCAUGGGCCUAGGAAGGCAGAACAGUUGUCUGUUUUGAAGGAUUUUUUUUUCCUGCUGGCUCUUUAGGUUUUGAUUUGAUAUUUUUAAGCUUUCUGGUUGAGUGUGUUGUCUUUGUUUUUGAAUCUACUGUAUGUGUUGAAUAGCAAGCUAUUUUCAUUGUACUGUGCAUUUUCCCAUUGUUUGCUUUUCAUAUUCAUACAAUGUUAAAUAUGAGGUGACCGUAAAAUAGUUAGGAGUUUCUUUACUUACAAAAUCACUGGAAAUUAUUAAAUUGCUUUCCCCUCCCCCCAAGGUGCAUUUUUUAUUAUUUUCAUAUAGUAAAGUUGAGCUUUUACAGUGCAUAAUGUGACAUUUGGAAUGCUUAUCAACUGCAUGUAAACAUUAAUAACCUGCACUUUUUGUCUUAAGGUUUGUUGAGCUGUUUUGUUCACUGUACUUUAACUGUGAUAUGGAAAAGAUUGCAUUCUCUAUGCUGUUUCUAAUUAGGAAAGAGAAUUGCUUUGAUUUUGUCUCUUGUUUACUAUAGCUUCUUAAAGUUAAGCCUUGUGCUACAAGUUGUUGGAGUACUCCUAGAUCAGUGUUUCGUAGUAGCCAGCAGUCAGUAGUGCAAGUCAACAAAAACACAGCAAACUUAGGCAAAGUGUCCUUUCUUUGAGAUGCAAGUUCUUUCGUAAGGUUUCUUUAGGUUCAGCUACCUAAAGUGAAACCUUUCUUACCUGUAGACUUCAGAUUCUGCUUGGAAUCCUACCAGAUCAAGAAGCACAUGUAUUGUGCAGUUGUCUUUACACUAUUAACAGUUAAACACAAUCUUACUAGGACUUUGAAUCCAUUGUCUGAUUUAUGGUCAGUGGGUUUAAAAAGAAAUCCACAUGCAGAUCUUUUAAGACUUAAAAAGUGGUCAUAGAGAAGACUGAGUGACUGUAAAGAUGCUCUUUUUGUUUAAAGCAUCUCACUUCCUCUCCCAUUGACCUCCUAACCUUCCCUUCCCCUUCUCCUGUUUCAUCCUCCCCCUACAUUUCCCUCCCAGGUGCUCGGUACUUCACCAAGGUUCUAUAUUUCAGUGUAUUAUGUUAGAGUCUCUUCUUGUUUUUAUUUCACUUGUGGGUAGCCCCGGUUUAUGAUGAAAAAAGGGGGGGGGGUAUAUUUGACCAUAUGUGUUACUCAUUGAAGACAGUAUGAUCAAAUGUGCCAAAAACAAGCAAACAGAACUUAAUUCGUGACAAGUAUGCCUUAUUUUUAUUGAUCUGCUUUGUCUUACAAUUAAGGUCCAAGAGCUUAGUUAAACUAUGUUAUUUGCCUAAGUAAAAAAGAAAACUUGAAAUGCAUUGAAAUAUUGAUGUUUUUUUAAAAUGAGAGACAUUGUCAAGUAAUUUGAUUCAGAGAUCAGCCACCAGAUUUGAAGAGUUGAGUGAGUGAGUGAGUGAGUGAGUGAGUGAGUGAGCGAGCGUGUGUAUGUGUGUGUAUUGGUUGUGGUGGUGGUAGUGGUGAUGGUAUUUGUGGCUUUUCCCCCUUUUAAAUUACCAAAUCUUAUUUUAAAGCUACCUUUUAUUUGUGCCUCCUAUUUAUCAUGCUGAUGUUAGAAGCAGCAGUCAUCCAGCCACAGAGGGAACUAAAAUUAACUAACCAGAACUGUAGAAAUCAUACAUGCCUUUGAAAACAAAGGAAGUUCAUAGGAAAGCCAUGUUGGCUUUUCCUCUACUAGACACAUAUUGGAGGUAGAUGAAUAUGUGCCAAAUGAGGGGAAAAAAGACAUAGUAGUCAGGAAAGACAAACUUUUUCCAGCUUCUCAAAAGCCAUGGAAAGUAGAAACCAAAACCAAUGGGAAAUUUAAAAGACCUUGAAAGUCUCACUUUCUAGUCCCAUGCAGGGGUUAAAAUUUGACUCAAAAUGAAAAGUCUAUCAAUUUUUGGUUUUAGGCCUUCACAUCUAGAGAUGGUUAACUAUUCCAGUUUUUGUUUUGUUUUAGGUAAUGGAGAAAGCUGCUAGUGAUUUUAACCCCUGCUGAAAGGAGACAUAAUUUCAUUUGGGAGCAAAUACUUAUUGCCUUGAGAAAUAGCACUAUAAUAGUUUAUGUUAAUUAAUCAUAGAAUAACCUUUAUCCCUUUCAAGCUAUGCAAAUUAUUAAAUAGGUAUAAAUUAGAAUUGAAUUAAAGAGAGUUAUAUUGCAAUUAGAUGGCAUUCACAAACUUAACUGGAGCAUAUACAAAUACUAUUAGUUUAAGAGUUUUUUUUAAUGUUGACAUAAAAAAAUAUAAUUUAGCUACCUGUUCUAAAAUGCUGAAUACUAUUAACAUUGUAUGAUAGAUCUGGGAAGACUGCCUCCCUUUUUUGAAGAGAGAGAUUAAGAAUUUUUAUAAUUGCUUUUCAUCAAAUUUUAAUAUUUUUGUCAAGUUUUUAGGUAUUUAAUUUGUAAAACAGUUUGCUUUGUACUGGCAUACAGAUAUUAGGGUAUAUUGAUUUUAAAUUUUUUGAAGCCAAGUGAUCAAGUACAUUUGUAAUAAAAGUCAAUGGAUCUCUUAUCAGUUGUACUCACUGUUUUCAUUUCUUGUUCUUAUCAAUGUAGGAAUUUGUACCUUUUCUGCAGGAAAUGGAGCUAAAUUUGGGUGGAAGGGAGGGAAGAAUCUGGGUGGAUUUGGUGGCCCAAGCACUUCAAAGCAUCCUUAUGUGGAUUAAGAUUUAGAGUGUUGGAAAAGAUGAAAUGUCAUCUUUUUUAUUCCUGUUUUUUUUUUUUUUUUAAUGGAACUUGAUGUUUGGAGAAAUUGUCUCAGUUUUGUUUCUGCACUUUUAACAUUUUUGUGUCUUGGCAAUGUUGAAACUUUUUAAACUAACAACGGUUUUCUCUGUUAACAUUUUGGGUUAAUCUGACAGCCAUGGUGACCCUACCAUAAGCAUAGAAUUAUUAUUAUCUUUACGUGGUUUACCCACUCUUCUCCAGGAUUUCCAUUAGUUUUUUGUUUGUUUGUUUGUUUUUUAUGUUAUAUACCAUACACAUUUUGAGAUGAUUUUGGAAUGGGGCUUGGCUUCUCGAAACUACUUGGGUAGCUUUCAUAGCUCCACCGGUUUUUAAACACAUAAGUGUACUUCUAAUAUUUUCUUAUCCAUAAAAACUGAGAUAGAAAAUGUUUUUUCUCCUUUUUGUCCUUUCUUGGAUACCAGGAAGAAAUUUUGUUUAUUCUGUGAAAGAAAGCUAAGACAAGGAGCUCUUCAGCACUUUAGAUUCAAAACAGUGGGUGCGAACUGAGUAUAACAUUCAUGGUUGUUACCUCUGAAUUUGGAUAUCAGUAAUUUAAGAGAGAGCUCAUGUUUUGUCAUGAGAAUAGAAUAAGGGAGAGAUCUUACUAAUUGCCUAAACAAAUUUACUAUUUUUUGUAAGUUUAUUUUAAACUUUAUCAAAAAUUUUAAACAUUAAACAUAAUAAAACAUUGUUUUCUUCAUUGUAAGUCAAAAUUAGGACAUUGAUAGUAACAUACUCUAUAAAACUAAAGUGAUCACUACUUAAAGUGACACUUAAUCCAGCAGCAAUUAUUACUGUAGUGCUACAGAGUUUGCUGAUUUAAAGAUUUAUGAAGCUAUUUGAUCCUAAAAUCAAACCUAAAUUUAAGGCCUAGGCCAUCUGACUGGCUCCUUUUUUAGCAGAAAUGUCAUUAUUAUGGGCCAUGUAAUGAUCUAAACUAGCAUUAGCAUAGUCCAAAUUAGCAUUAGAAUUUCAAGAUUAAAGAGCAAGAAGAUGAAAACUGAGCUGCAGCUGGUUCUACGCAGCUUGCCAUCCUCCAUCUACACACUGACUACCAAUUUUGAUGUUAAAGGGUCUAGGCAACUUGUAUCUUCAGAAAAGUUGGAUAUGAAAAAUAGUCUCUUGCUGAUGUUUUUCUUGUAAGGAAUUUUUGCUUUCAUGUUACGUUUUAUGUCUCCUUCCUUCUGUUACAUUUGCUCUCCGCUCCCUCCUCUUUUAUUCUUCCUUUUCUUCUGUUGUCUAGCUUUUAUGGUAAACUGCCUUGUUGAUAGAUGUAGAAAUGUGGUGGUGAUCUUUUGUGUAAAACAAAGCUACUUUUUACAGACCAGAAAUAUUUUAUUGUUCUUGGAAUCAUAAUAUUUUUGUGCUUCCAUGAGUAGCUGCUUUGUUUUUAUUAUUAAUUUGCAUAGUUAUUAAUUUUUAGCAUUUCAUGGAAGUGGUAUUAAACUAAUGAAUUUUAAUUUUCUUGGUUUUUGGAUCUACUGUAGUAAUUCAGAAGGCCUAUAAAGUGAAAAGUCACACUUGUGUUUUGGAAUUGUGGAAAUAUUCUUGCUGGUAUAUAUUUUGGUCUGAGAUGUAUUAAUACAAAAGACUUCUAGUAGGAUUUAAGUGGUAAUUAAAAGUUACAGGACAAGUGACACUUGAGUAGUUCAAACAGUAAUAAUAAUCAGGUAAUAAUUUACACUGGCUGACAUUAAGUCAAACUUCUGAAAUGGACUGACAGUAUGCAGUACAGUUAGUUGUUGGUAGCUCUUGACCUCCAUGGCAAGCAGGUCUGGCAACGUGACUCCUUCAUUCUCCUUUAUGGUCCUGCUCAUGGCAUCUAAGCGGUCCUCCUUCAGAAAGUGAACUAAUGACUUUGAACAUAGCUAACUGAUGAUCUAGAAAGAUUUCUAUAUUUUGAUGUAAUUUGGCCUCCCCUCUCCCCUCUUUUCCCCAUAGUCUUAACUUGGCAAUUUGAAGAGCAUCUAAAUGAAUACUUGUUAGGACAUCUGGGAAAUGAAGAGUGUAAGAAGCAUGUGUUUAAGUUACUGAGAACUGAGACUUACUGGUUUGGAAAUUGGAGAGCCGAAAGAAUAAAGCUGUUUGUUUGUGAAUUGGGGUGUGAGAGAUACAGAAGAGAAUGACUGAAAGUAAAGUAGGAGGAAUUUUUAUUGGCAGUAGAAAAAAGUGUUAAGAUGAGAGGUGUUGACUAAGAGCAAGGAGGUUGAACUUCACUAAGGAAGUGUCAGUGGGUUCCAUGUUAGCAAAGAGAUAACUUGAUUUGUAGCUAGUAAUGGUGAUGAUGAUGGAUUAUACAAAUCAGUUUUGGUGUGUAUAUAUGAUGGUUUGAGGGUUUAAGUGUCUGCUCCUCUGAACAAAUUUAAGUAGCACAAUUGUGAAAUGGCAGCUUUUCUGGUCAGGACAUAUUGGUGUUAGGAACUUACUUUUUUGGGAAAAAAAGAUAAUUUUCUUUUUUCAUUUACCCUUUUUAAACUAUGAGUGACUUUUAUCAUACACUAUUUUCUUGGGCUCUUGUCACAAUAUAGUUUAUAUUUCAGAAUGAUCUAUAUAAUCCACAAAGAUCUACACUGAAAGAUCCUUCCUUUGUAGACACCUUUGAUCAACAUGUUUUUUAGAAGACAGUAAACUAAAUAUAAUCACUGACUUGCUGCUUUAAAUAUCUUCUCUGUUUCUUUUGCAUUCGUAGUCAUCUAACAUUGUGGAUCUUAAGAAGCCCUUGAUAAUAUAUUUCCAGAAUUAGACAACAUAUUUGUUAGUGUAGACAGAAGUUAAUUAUAAUUUAAUAUAUCUCCCAAAUUCUUGUGUUCUUUGUAAGAUGAAUUGACAGUGAUUAGUAAUCUGUUCUAUAAUCCCAAGAGUAUUUUAAAUUAUUUAAGGUACAUAUUUGUUUUCAAAGUUAUAUAACUGAAGUUUACAUUGACUUUAAAUUUACAAUGGGUUUAUUCCCAGUAAUUUUGACAUACUACUUUCAAGUUUCAUUUUAAUCAGAUACUUAUACAUUCCUGUUGUUUUAAAAUAGCCAGAAGGAAGUCUUGGCCUAUACUUGGAAGGUGUUUUUCCUUUUGUCAUGUGUCAAGUUCAUUAACAUUAGUAGGAUUAUUUUUCACAUAUCUUAUUUUACAGAGUUGGGACUUAGCAUAAUUUUCACAUUUUAUUGUGUGUCCGAUUUUAAAUUAUUGUUAACAUACUAUAGUUUAAGUCUGUGCAGAGCCUUCUUAAAGCGCUCCUCCCUUAGAAUUGUUUAAAAGAAGUGAAGAACAGUGCUUUAAAUGACUGAGAUGAGUCUGAAAGGUUUCUUUGAGUCUAGGCAAUGGAGAUAAACGAUAGCCCAUUUCUAUGCUGCAUACAGUUGUUAGGGUUUGAUAAUAAUGUAGAAAAGUGCAAAAGCAGAAAAGACUGUGUAAGUGGCCUAUAAACUUAUAGUUUUCAUUAUUGCACUAUUUAUCUUUGCACUUGAGUUUUUGGAAAUUAAAGACUAGUCACUUUCACUUUUGUUUCUAGUCUUUUCUAAUUUCUUGCAAAAUUGUUUUCAAUAUCCCACCCAAAGUUAAACUCAUAUGCAAUUAUAUACGCUUUAUAAGGCCAAGAAAAUAUUUACUAAUGUUAUCUAUAUAACAGUAAAAUUUGUUUUGAUAAAUUUUUUAAUAUAGAUCUUUAUUUGCCCAUAAAAUUCUUUAUAAAUAUGAGCUUUAUUAAACUGUUUAAGUAAAGUAAAAGCUUAGGAUAGGAAAUAUGUCUUAUGUAUAUAAAAUUGUGUCUUUGAGAUCCAACUUCCAGCCUAGUAUGGCCUGGCUUUGGGGUGUUAGUAUUUUUCCAUUUAGCAAAUGGUAUCUUAAGUCUUACUGGGCAAGUGCUUAAGAAACUGGAAGUAAAUGGGUGGCAGCUCCCUCUUCUGUGUAGCUUUCUAUGAGGUUCACAUGACUUCUCUGUGGUUUAUGUCACAUACUGGUAUUUUGUGAAAUGAAUGUUUCUUUUGAAAAAUUAAGAUUGAUGCUUUUUGAGGGAUGGUAAUAGCAAAGGCUACAGGACUUUGGUUUAGCCAUUGGCAGUUUUAUAGCUUCCUUGAUAUGCUCCACUCAGAGAGCAAAGAGUGUACUUGUGAAUAUGUGAUGCUGUAUUCAGAACUGCAAAACGAAAAGAAAAGGAAAGGAAACAAAUUGAGUUUUUUAGUUUUCUCAAUGGAACAGAAAGAUGUAUUUUUGGCUAGAAUUGUUUUUAUAAGUUACUUAAUGAUCUUAUUGUCUGUUCUUUUCCUGUAGGUUUUUUUUUUUUUUAAACACACCUCAUACUUAAAACCAGCAAGUAAGAGGCCUCUUUUCAGAUUAUUUUGGAAGGUCUGAAUGUGUUCUGGAUGGGGGUGUUGUGACGUGUUCUUCCCAUCAUGUUCUGCUGGUCACUGUGGCUCAUAGUAUUUGCAAAUUCUGUUGAAAAUUCAUGGUGUAUUUGAAAUGAGAAUAUCUUUUACAACAUGGUAUAUGGAUGUGUGUGGCUAGAUUCCAUAAUGUGGCAUAGUUGUGGAGCCGUAGCCUUGAUUUAAUUUAAAUAGAAAGUUUAACCAUAGUCAAGAUUUUAGGUUUACUUACAGGAGUUGUGCCAGGUACUUGUCUAAAUGUGGACCAUUUUUGGAAAUGAAAGUUAAUGAAUGUGGAUUUGACUCUAGAUAAUUCUAUACUCAAAACUACAAGUUAAAGGCUUACAUCAUUAGAGUUACCUACAUUUGAUGGCCUGAGCUCUAUAAAUGUGGACGACAUUCAGCAUUACAUCUGUGAACUUCCUUAGAAAAGGAAGGUUCAGUCUUUAUACCUUUUCUUGGAGGCUAAAUUUACCACAUAUGGAAGUAAGAAAACUGUAGGUAGUGGCUUUAUUUUUUUAAUGGAGUUUAACCAGCUUAAUUAAUUCCUUUUCCUACUUUGAAUCACUUAUUUCCCAUAUAUAAAUAAAGGGAAAGAUCAGCAACCCCUGCCCCCAGGUGAUUUUUGUUGUCUGCCUCCAUUUCCCAAUCCUACUACACAAUGAAUUACGGGUAUCCCUCUUAAGUCCCUGUAGCACUUUGGGGGCGGGGGGUGGGGGUGGGUCACAAAUACCUUUGAAAAUCUGAUGAAAGUGAUGGACCCUCUCCCCAGGAGAAAAAAAAAUGCACAUAAUACAGAUAAUUUUGCUACAACCUCAGGGUCAUCACUUACCUUCUGAAGCCCAAGAAAAAUUUUUGCUCUGAGCAAACUAUAGAAAACUUUAGUACAAAUAAUUGAUAAAAUUAAGAGAUAUUGGCUUAAAACAUUUCAGAUUCGAAAUUAUUAUCACAUGGUGGCCCCUACUAGUGAAAUGUGACAUUGCAGCUAGCUUUGUUAGACUUUAUAACAUCCAGAUAGGCGGGAAAGAGAGGUAAAGUUCUGAGAGCUAUUUAUAAGGAGUCAGGUCAUCUCCAGAUGUGGGAGCCAGUCCUGGUUCAAGGUAGGGGUCUCGGUGCCUGACAAGCUUAGCAGGGUAGAGUUUGAUAAACCAUGCUCAGGAUGCCGGGGUAGCCAUUGUCUUAACCCCUUUCUCACCAAAAGAGUUUAGUUUUGUCUGUUGGGAAAAAAAGAUGGCACUAGGGAAAAAUAAGUUGCCUUACAACUUUGCUGGAACACAUCAGUUUGGUGAAGUGUGGGACACUAGUAUUAUUUUUGAGAAGGUGCAUAAAACCAAAGUAAAUUAUUCUCUAUGUAGAACAUUAUUUACUAGUAACAUUUGUUUGGGUGUAUUAGCUUUGAUGAUUUUUACCAGUAAAUACUGACUUUAUUUAAAACUGGGAAUCCAGUUUACAUAUAGGAUAGUUGAUAUAUCCAUCUUUUCCCCAUGUAAAGAAUUGUCUAAAAGAUUUAUGCAUACUUUUUACUUUUCUCUCUUGAUACCAUGGGGUGGGGGUGGGAAGGACUUUGACUCAACAACUGACAAAUGUCUUCAAAUUUUAAAAAUCAAGAAGCAGCACUUUAAGUCUAAUUCCACGCCAUUUUAGUGCAUGUUUUAGUUUAAUAAUGAUUUUUUGGUGCAUGCCUUUGGGCUUAUUCAAAAGUGUACAAUAGAAAAGUGUAUUUCCUUUCAUAGAAAGGAGAUGUUUUUCUACUUUGCAACAUGUGAUUACAAAAAUCUUCCUCUGUGGGAAGAUUAACCAUGUAUUGAACUACUGAAAAGUAUAUAUUUUUAGAUAUACAGAAGGAAUCUACACGGGGCAGCAUUCAGACCUAUAUAGAAGUCAUAAAAUUCUGUAUAGGACCAAAAGGAAGUAACAUAAAACACUUAAACAGACUAUGUUGGGUAGAAAUACCUUUUGAUCUUGCAUUGACUUCCAAAAUGAAAAUGCCACAGAAGUUUGCUGAAACUUUUGUUUGAAUUUUCUCUGUCAGUGUAUUUAGCCCAAAUGCAACGACUUUGGGUUAGCACAAUGUAAGAAUCAAAACACAAAACUAAAUAGUUCAGUCUGGUUUGCCAAUCCAGCCUGACUGAAAUAAGAAACCAAUCACUUGCAAACUGAAAAACUGUCCAACUCCUCUAAGGUUUUGACAAAACAACCUUGGCUGAUGUGGGAACAUUCCCACUUUGAUUUCUGACCUGACAGCGAAGAUUCAUGCUUGACAUGAUUUCAAACCUGACAGUGUCUGUUUAAGGAGCCAUGGCACAGUUUGCUAAUUCAAUCCCAGAUACCUGUUGAUUACCUGUAAGAUCUAGAGUUCAAAGCAGCCAGCAGCCGUAUCCCUGAGUGCUCUGUGCCCGUCAGUUAAUGGGAAGUAAGCAGAGUUGGGACAGGCCAACAGCUCUGAGGACUGACCUCAGAGCAGAGCCCCAGAUUCAAGAAUUGUGUCUGCUUUCUUGGGAGUCACUGAACUAAUGUCCCACCCUGCGUUACUUACUGUAGAUGCUCUCCAAAAGGAGGCCCAGAGCACACAUCUGAAUAGCUUGUGGUACUCAGAGAGGGGGUGCUAACUCUGAUGCCCUGGCCAAAUUCCAGUUUAGGAAUGUGGGUCUUCUUGUCCUUCUAAUUGGAAAUGUGCAUCACUUUCCAUUUUUCCUGUUGCUCUCAGUACAAACUACACAAGUCUGUUCCUUUGUCCCAAUCCCAAGUCUCCAAGAUACUGGUGUUCCAUGGGCCAGGUUCAUGCCUUAUCUUGAUACACAAGAGUUGAGGAAUGAGAGCUUGGCACUUGGAGGGUGGACUCUUGGUGGACUCUUGUGAUGCUUGGGGAUGGAACCUGCCCUCUUUCAGCAUAUGUUAGGGAGCGUGCACUGGCUGGAAGCUUCCAACCAGAAGGUGUGAGCUGAAACCAAUUUCCCCUCUUUUCUUAUAGCAUGAUGAGAAAGUCUUUUGGGUUUUCAGCAAUUGGGGAAGGCCGGAGUUCUGCAGCUUUAAUCUGGGUAACUAAGGCUGGUUUAAUCUGGGUAACUAAGGCUGAUUUGAGCAAGACUUUGGUAAACUAACUGGGUUCUCAGAUGCCACAGACUCCGUGAGAAGUUACCAUUAUUUUUAGUGGCCAUGAUGGAGUCCCCCGUAGCCAUUACUUUAAGAUUACAUGCAGAGUUGCUUUAUUUUGAGCUUUUUGUGUACACACAAUCCCAAACUGGAAAAACUUAAAAAGGAAUCCUGCUGUGAAAGGUAUAUAUUACUCUAGAUUUUUCUUACUGUAAAUAUUGUAAGAUUGUAAUACUGUCAAUAUUUUAUUAACCAACAAAUGUUAAUCUAUGUGAAAUCAGACUUAUUUUAAAUGUGCUUCUUAUUUACUGUGUGUGGUCCCUGUUGCUGACAGUAUUAAGUUAUAUUCUGAUGUAAGAUUAACUUUAUUAAAGAAUGUAAACAUUAAUGUUUCCUUAUGGGAAAACAAAUAAAGUAUAAAGAAGACAAUUCUUUUCAUUGAAAUAUACUGUGUAUUUACACUUGCUAGACCCAGCACCACUUAUAAACUUAGUACACUGUCCAGUUUCAGUUAACACAGCUGACACGGUUGUGCUCCACUUGAAAGUCUAAGCCUUGGUGUUGUUGGAAUAUAAACAGUUUGUAUUUGUCUGCUGUGAAUCAUCUUGAAAUUUCUAAUCAAGUUUGUAAAAUUUUUAUAGUAAAACAUUUUAAUGACAAUUUAAAAAUUAUCUUCUCUAAAGAAUGGUCAAAACAAUGUCCUUUCAGAAAUAGAGUUGUUCUUUAUUAUCUUUCCAAAAUGACUUUGGUUAAAUGGACCAGGUGUAUAUUAGUUAAAAUCUAGGGCUAAGUUCUUGAUAUUCUUUGAGUUUACAAGUUAAUCCUUAUUGGAGUUGUGCCAAUAUACAAUAGAAUAUCUUUAAUUUGCACUGUUUGGGGACCCCAUUUAAGAAUGCUGAAUUUUGCCAACUAAAAAGUAAGCAAAUGCAAUUUAAAAAGUAAAUUUGAGCAUUCUGUGUUAAAUAUGUGCAGUUAUUAUCAUAUGAAGAAGCGCAGUGUGUUGGGCUGUAAUAUAACCAUAUUUGCUGUCAUGUUCUCCCAUCUCAGUGCUGGGAACUCACCAUGUGGAAACCAAGCAACCGUGUUGUGCAUCAGCCGGCUUGAGUUUGUUCAAUAUCAAAGCUGAAGCUAGCGAGGUCUGCUGUACUGCUUAUUGAAGUAUUGUGAUUCUUUUAGGCAUUGGUUCUUACAAAAUAUAUACUGUAACAGUAUACUUUGUACAGAUUUAAAUUUUAUUUGAAAAAUGAAAUAAAGUAGGCAAAAAAUAAAGAUGUUUAUUUUUCAUGUGACUACAUAAACAGAU